UGGAUGAAGGACUGGGAGAGCGCCCGCGGCGUAGAGCCGGGAGUGGCGCGGCCUCGGGUAAAGUAGUUCCAGUAGACUGGGGCGGAGGGCUCGGUCUCCGUCCUGGACUGGACUGAGGGGCCAUCGUGCGGACCGAGCUGGGGUGCCAGGGGCCAGGUCGAGACCAGCAAUGGAAAGGAGCCCCCCUGAUGGCCCGAGCCCCGUGCACGUGCCUUUGGGGCACAUUGUGGCCAAUGAGAAAUGGCGCGGGUCGCAGCUGGCGCAAGAGAUGCAAGGGAAAAUUAAGCUCGUUUUUGAGGAUGGCCUGAUACCAGAUUUUUACCUGUCGAAUAGAUCCUGCAUUCUUUAUGUUACCGAAGCUGAUUUGGUGGCAGGAAAUGGCUACAGAAAGAGGCUUGUUCGCGUUAGAAAUUCCAGUAAUCUUCAAGGCAUUGUAGUAGUUGAAAAAACCCGGAUGAGCGAACAAUACUUCCCAGCCUUACAGAAGUUUACUGUGCUGGACCUUGGAAUGGUGUUACUUCCGGUGGCCAACCAGAUGGAAGCAUCCUGUCUCAUUGUCCAGUUAGUUCAGGAGCAAACCAAAGAGCCCAGUAAGAACCCUUUUCGAAGGAAGAAACGGGCUCCGCUGUCUGAGCUAUCCCUGCUUCGAACUGUGCAGCGGAUCCCAGGAGUUGGGAAAGUUAAAGCCCCCCUGCUGCUGCAGAAGUUUCCCAGCAUCCAGCGACUGAGCCAUGCUUCCGUCCGGGAACUGGAACCGGUGGCCGGACGAGCCGCGGCAGAGCAAAUCCAUGCUUUCUUCACGCAGUCCGGGUGACAGCUGGCCUUAGGCCACAGACAGCGGGAUCUUGUCUUCACAUUCAAAAACUAAGCAAGAAAGACUUCUCACAGCAACUAGAAGAUGAGGUGAGGCCUGAACGGAGCCCGCGGGUGGCCCUGCCUUGCCGUGUGCGUUGCAGUUGGCGGGCACUGCCCUCCCUCUGCUGAGAGGGAAAGGGCCAGUGGGCAUCUUCCUCAGAGUCAGGGACCCUCAUUCUCGGCAAAAAGUCAGUCAGGGCCAUAUUUGAACGUGUGACCUUGACCUGUGUCUAUCACAGAAAAGUCUAAAGAGUUUCAGAUGGGGGAUGUGACCAUCUAAAGGAAACAGACAUACAAUGAAGGACUGUGUACCCUAAGCCCCUUGUUCCUGCUGUCAGCGCUGCCGUUCGUACGUUAAUACCUGUGCUUUGAGGCUGCUGCCAACGUAAAUAAACACUCGCACAACA